AUGCCGCAAGGUCGAUCACACACUGGUUCGUUCAUGCCAUUAAUCAAUAAAUUAAAAGAGCAAGGACAUGAGGUCUCGCUUUAUAUGGAAGCGUAUCCUGACGAAAAGAAUUUUGGAUUAAAGGAUCAAAUGCUUAAGAUCACCAAUCGCACAAAUCCCUUUGCUAGUGAUGAAUUUGAAUCCUUUCAAUGGAAAAACGACUUUGUUGUGACGUCACAGAUGUUUCCAUUUUUCUACGGAGCAGAUAGUUGUGACAUUGUGCUCCGGGAGCACCGAGACUUCUUCAACAAAAUGGUCAAAGAACAUUUCGAUCUCAUAUUUACUGAUACCUUAUUUGCUGCUUGUGCCUACGGUUUCACAUCUCUCAAUAAAGCUAACCAUGUUCUGAUGAGUUCAACGCAUGUGGAUUCAGCUGUUGGUUCCAUGCGAGCACAUGGAAUAAAUUUUGUGAUGACACCACGGAGUUUCAUGCCGUCACUUGAUGUGAACUUCAAACCAGAGUUAUUCUAUUAUCGAAUAACUGGAACGCUUGAAUGGAUCGUGAAUUUUUUUGUUAUUGGACUUUUGGUGAAUGAGCGGAUGAAGACGUCGCUGAUUCCGGUUGCCCCGUCUUUCAGCUUUAUCGAGUACCAGAGAACUGCGUCCAUGACAUUUACGGAUAUGCCAAAUGAUCUUAUUGGUCCAUUUCCAAGGACGAAUGACUUAUUCGACUACGGUGCGUAUUGUCCAACUCCAAAACCACUUAGUGGAGAGCUCUUGAAUUUUGUCUCUGCUCCUCAUUCUAAGGGGACCAUACUAGUAGCGUUCGGCACUGUUAUAAACUGGGGUCGAGUACCUCGCGAGAAAUUCAAAGCAUUGCUUGAAACAUUCAAUUCACUAACGGAUUACCGUAUUGUUUGGGCAUACAAUGGACGUCCCCUGGACACAAAACCGCACGUUUAUAAAUCGAAGUGGAUACCUCAAAUCGAUGUUCUUUACGAUAAUCGAACAGUACUAUUUUUCAACCAUGGAGGCUUGAAAAGCUUGAAAGAGGCAACAUGUUCAUCAACGCCAGCGGUUUUCAUGCCGAUGUUUGCUGAACAAGUGAGGAACGGAUGGAUGGCAAAGAACAAUGGUUAUGCGGAAGUGUUUAGCAAACAUGAAUUAACUGCGGAAAAUUUGCUGAGAACGUUGAAGCGCGUUCUUGAAAAUAGGAGUAGAAAUGUUCUUGUUGUUCUUGUUCUGUCGUCCUUAGGGAACACAGUAAUAAUGCGGACAAGGAAGCGAAAAGUUCUUCUCAACCUGUUCUCAGAUGUGUGGAUAGGAGCCAAGAAAAUUGCGAAUCCACAGUCAAUUGGGUUGACAAGAUCUACGGAAAACCUUAAUGCAUCAAGAAGGGAGAUGGAGAAAAUCAUCUACGACUUCUACUCUGAUCUCCUCGACAGCCAUGUCCACUUGCCUCCUCACCAUCUGAGGGAAGACGGACAUGUCAUUCCAGAGGUUCUCCCGUCCAAAAUACGACAUGUUGUGUCGUGUAUGCUGUGUCGGAUUGAAAAAAUCUUGGAUGAAGGACAGCCAUGCGAGCAAGCAGGGUAUCGAAAAGGAUUCAGCACGAUUGACCACAUUCACACUAUUUCGAAACUCAACGAUGUAUCACGAGAGUACAAGAUGCCGCUCUGUCUCACCUUCAUCGACUUGAAGAAGGCCUUUGACUCAGUUGAGACGGAAGCGGUCGUGGAAGCCUUGGACAACCAAGGCGUCCCUACUCAGUACAUAAAGGUACUUCGAGAGUUGUACAGUAACUUCACGAGCGGAAUUUCGCCAUUCCACAAGAAUAUCAUCACUGACGUGAAGAGGGGGGUCGGACAAGGUGAUACAAUUUCACCCAAAAUAUUCACAGCCACCGUCGAGAACGCAAUGCGAAAGUUUGAAUGGGACGACAUGGGAGUGAAGAUUGAUGGUCGGCAGCUACACCAUUUGCGCUUUGCUGAUGACAUCGUACUGGUAACACCUAGCAUCAGCCAAGCAGAAAGAAUGCUGACCGAAUUCGACGAAACAUGUGGAUGCAUCGGUCUUCAGCUGAAUCUGCAAAAGACAAUGUUCAUGUGCAACGGUUGGGUCUCGGAUGCCCCACUCAUGCUCAACGGAACGAACAUAUCCGAUUUCACCAGCUACGUUUAUGUGGGUCGGGAGUUGAACAUGAUGAACGACCUGAUCCCCGAGCUGGGCAGGAGGAAACGAGCGGCUUGGGGAGCGUAUAAGAGCAUCGAGGGUGUAGUGAAAGGGGCCAGAAACACCCGGCUCCGUGCUCACCUCUUCAACACCACCGUACUUCCUGCUUUGACCUAUGUUUCGGAAACCUGGGCAUUUCGCAAGCAGGAAGAAAACGCGUCAAUGAACGCGCAAUUGAGAGAGUGA